UCUGGAGGAGGCGGGCCUGAGGAGGUGGGGCCUGUGACGCUCACGCCCCGGGCUCCGGCGCUUCUUUCCUCCCUCCGCUCGCUGCGGCUCCUGAGGGAAAAGUGUUGCUAGGUCUGCGGGGAGCCGCAGCAAUGGCCUCCGUGCUGUCCUACGAAAGCCUGGUCCACGCUGUGGCCGGAGCCGUGGGAAGUGUGACAGCAAUGACUGUGUUCUUUCCCUUGGAUACAGCUCGACUGCGACUUCAAGUUGAUGAGAAAAGAAAGUCCAAAACUACACACAUGGUGCUCCUGGAGAUCAUUAAAGAAGAAGGCCUCCUGGCACCAUAUCGAGGGUGGUUUCCAGUUAUCUCCAGUCUCUGCUGCUCCAAUUUUGUCUAUUUCUACACUUUUAAUAGUCUCAAAGCAGUCUGGGUCAAAGGUCAACGUUCUACUACUGGAAAAGAUCUAGUAGUUGGAUUUGUUGCAGGAGUGGUGAAUGUGUUGCUAACAACUCCACUCUGGGUGGUAAAUACCAGACUGAAGCUACAAGGGGCAAAAUUUAGGAAUGAAGACAUUGUACCAACCAACUACAAAGGUAUCAUUGAUGCUUUUCAUCAGAUCAUUCGAGAUGAAGGAAUCUUGGCUUUAUGGAAUGGCACAUUUCCUUCCUUGCUCUUGGUCUUCAAUCCUGCCAUCCAGUUCAUGUUCUAUGAAGGCUUAAAACGGCAGCUUCUAAAGAAACGAAUGAAGCUUUCUUCUUUGGAUGUGUUCAUCAUUGGUGCAAUAUCCAAAGCGAUUGCUACCACUGUCACCUAUCCCAUGCAGACAGUACAGUCCAUUCUGAGGUUUGGACGUCACAGACUAAACCCAGAAAACAGAACACUGGGGAGUCUUCGGAAUGUUCUCUAUCUUCUUCACCAACGAGUAAAGCGUUUUGGAAUCAUGGGACUCUACAAAGGCCUUGAAGCCAAACUGCUACAGACAGUCCUCACUGCUGCCCUCAUGUUCCUGGUUUAUGAGAAACUGACAGCCGCUACCUUCACAGUUAUGGGGCUGAAGAGUGCCCACAAGCACUGAGACACUGCACCCUGCAAAGUGCAGAAAGAUGCUCGAGAUGGGGGUUCCUCUGUGUGAAGGGAAGUGAUUCUCUUUUUACUCUUGCCACAUAUACCAUGAAUUUUACCCUCACUGGCUGGAAAAGCAUCUAAGGGUAAACAUGGACGAUAGCCAGCUGGACCUGUCAACAACUUAAUUUUUAUGACAGUUGGUUGAAUUUUGUGGGGGAGGUUGUCUAAUGGUCAUACAAAAAGAAAACAUUGAAAACCUGAAAAUGAAAGUUUGUAGGCGUUUAUUGUUUUCCUUAAGGGGAAUGGACUAUUGCUCUCAUGUGUAAUUUUCUCCAGUUAAAAAUCUUUCUUAAAUUUACCAGCUGUUCUUUUCCCCUGAACCCCGCCCCCAGAUUCUAGGGACACAUUUAAUAACAUAUAAUUCUCAUAUACUUUUGUAUGUUUUAAUCUUGGUAUUUUUCUCACUAAAAAUAUUAUGAUUGUGCCAUAGGCAUGACUUUAUUUUUGUUGUACUUUUUUUCCUCCUGCUUAAGGAAAGGCAUCUUCUUUGGUACAUGAGCUAUUUAUUUUGUAGGAGAAAUGAAAAUGAUUAAUCCCAAAUGAUUCUCUUAUAAACUAUUUGUAAACAUCACUUAUUCGUUAGUAUUUGACUUAAUUAAAAAUAUUUAUUUUGAAUCAGUCCUUUCAUUACAAAAGGCGUGAAGUUUUAUGUUUGUUCAUGCAAACCCCAUCAAGUCAAGCCCAAAUAAACUGUCAACACAAAAGACAUUUUAAAAA